AUGGCCGCGGCGGACAGCCACGGGCAGUUUUUGGAAUUGGAGGACGCGGUGAGGUACAUGAAGAUUGUGGAGAACCGCCAUCCGGCGAGCUACAGCGAAUUCCUCGGCGUCAUGGUUGAUUACAAGAGAGGCAGGAUCGGCGUCGCGGAGGUGGCAUCGACGGUGUCAGCGCUGUUCCGGGACAGCCCCAACCUCAUCGUCAGCUUCAACGCCUUCUUGCCCAAGCGCCACCGGAUCCGUCUAUCGGACGAACAAGCGGCGGGUUUAGAGAAGCCGACGUCCUUCGUGAAGGCGGUGAUGAACACGCACCCGGCCACAUACCGCGAGUUUCUCCGCAUCAUAUUCGACGAAUACGGGAGGGACGGGGUCGGCAUCGCGGAGGUGGCGUCGAGGGUGGGAGCGCUGUUCCGAGAUAGGCCUGACCUCAUCGCCGGCUUCAACGCCAUAUUGCCGAGAGAGCACAAGAUCAAGGUCAUCGGCGGGCUGGAUGAGCAUGAGCUUGCCGCUCGUUUCGUGAGAGAAGUGAGCCUAGAUGACCACGACGACGAUGAGAUCCACGAUGGAUAA